AUGACCUGCAUUGAGGAGGAAAGACUUCAUUGGGUUAAAGUUAAUCAGUCAAAGAUCCGUGCGGAGUUAUACUGUGGUAUCAAGGAUGCACUACAUAGAGGAGAUACUGAAGGUGCACAAGUAGGUAAGAGAAUUGUUCUACCUUCAUCUUUCACUGGCGGACCACGUUAUAUGACCCAAAAUUACCAAGAUACAAUAGCUCUUUGUCGUGUUAUGGGAAACCCUGAUCUUUUCAUCACGGUAACAUCAAAUCCAAAGUGGAAUGAAAUUCUUGAAUUUCUCAGAAAUAAUGGCGGACAAAGACCCGAUGAAAGACCAGAUAUCGUCGCAAGAGUGUUCAAGAUCAAACUAGAUUCAUUGAUGGAGGAUCUUCAAAAGAAUAAUCAUUUUGGAAAGUGUAUAGCAGCGGUAUAUACAAUAGAAUUUCAGAAACGAGGACUACCACAUGCACAUAUUUUGAUUUGGCUACAUCCUGCUCAUAGAUAUCCAACACCAGCAAAGAUUGAUGAAAUCAUUGUCGCUGAAAUACCAGACAGAACAAAGGAUCCAGUUGGAUAUGAUGCUGUAUCAAAAUAUAUGAUGCAUGGACCAUGUGGACAAGUUGCACCAAGAUCUCCAUGUAUGAAAAACCUGAAGUGCACAAAACAUUUCCCCAAGAAAUAUAUCAAUCAGACCUGCAUUGAUGAUGCUGGGUUUCCUAUAUAUCGUAGGAGAUGUGAUGAAAAUAUUUGGGUUGAAAAAGGAGGAAUUAAGCUUGACAAUAGCUAUGUGGUACCUUACAAUCGAAACUUAGUUGUUAAGUAUCAAGCCCACAUAAAUGUUGAAUGGUGCAAUAGAGGUAGAUCUAUCAAAUACCUCUUCAAAUAUAUCACUAAGGGACCCGAUUAUGUCUCAGCAUCUCUUCAACAUACAAGCAAUAAUGCAGCAUCUUCUUCCAAUGCGAAAGAAAGACUUGAUGAAGUACAAUACUAUCUUGAUUGUAGAUAUAUAUCUGCUCCUAAAUCAAUAUGGAGGAUUUAUGGCUUUGAUAUCCACUAUCAAACCCCCCCUGUUGAAAGGCUUCCGUUUCAUUUAGUUGAACAGGAGCCAAUAGUUUUCAAAGACAUUGAUAAUCUACAAGAUAUUGUGAAUGACGUUCAGUCCAAACAAACCAAAUUUAAGGGAUGGAUGGAAGCAAAUAAAUGUUAUCCUGAGGCAAGAGAUCUUACAUAUGCAGAAUUUCCGGCAAAAUUUGUGUGGAAGGAAAAGGAGAAAUGUUGGAAACCUAGAAAGAAAGGACAAAGCGUCGGACGGAUAGUUUAUGCACAUCCAUCAUGUGGAGAAAGGUUUUAUCUUCGCUUAUUACUGAAUGUGGUCAAAGGACCAACGUCAUUUGACGAUAUACGAGAGUUUAACGGAACAGUUUAUCAAACCUACAAGGAGACCUGUGCAGCAAUGAGAUUAUUAGAUGAUGAUAAUGAAUGGCAACAUGCUAUAGAUGAAGCAUCAUAUUCAUCUUCAGGGCGUCAAAUGAGACAGUUAUUUGCGCAAAUACUAAUCUUUGGUGAAGUGGUAGAUCCUAAAAAACUGUGGAAUGACAAUUGGAAGUGUCUUACUGAAGGGUUUAUUGAGAUGCAAAGAAAACUGCUCAAUAUGCCAACUUUAGAUAUGACUGAUACUCAGCUUCAGAACCAUGCUCUUUUAGAAAUUCAAGACCUCUUGCUACAAAAUGGUCAGUCCCUACUAAACUUCAGUGGAAUGCCCACACCAGAUCCCCAACUUUUAAAGCAAAGCAAUGAUAAACUUAUAAGUCAGGAGUUAAACUUCAAUAGGGAGGAAUUAAGAAAGGAACAUGAGAUAUAUUUUCAAGGAUUGAACACUCAACAGCGAGAUGUAUAUAAUGCUGUUAUUGACUCUGUAUACAGCAAAAGUGGGGGACUAUACUUUUUGUAUGGUCAUGGAGGGACUGGUAAAACUUAUGUGUGGAAAUCAAUUUGCACAAAACUUCGUUCGGAAGGAAAAAUAGUCCUUCCAGUAGCAUCCUCUGGAAUAGCAUCGAUACUACUACCCCAUGGUAGAACUGCUCAUUCUCGGUUUAAAAUACCAAUCAUAUUGAAUGAACAUUCAAUGUGUGGGAUUAAACAAGGAACUCCAGAGGCAAAUCUCAUUAAACAGACAGAUCUAAUUAUAUGGGAUGAAGCUCCAAUGAUGCACAUAUUUGCAUUUGAAACAGUUGACAGAACGCUAAGAGAUAUUAUGGGAAAAGAUAAUCCAAUGUUGGCAGAGAAACCUUUCGGUGGCAUAACAGUGGUUCUUGGAGGUGAUUUUAGACAAAUUCUACCUGUUGUACCAAGGGGCUCAAAACAUGAUAUUAUACAUGCUACUCUCAAUAGAUCUAAGUUAUGGAAUUAUUUUAAAAUUUUUAAAUUGACGCAGAAUAUGAAGAUCCAACAGCAAUCAUCCGAUCAGCUAGGAAUGAAUGCGUUUGAAUUCAGUGAAUGGGUACUUGAAGUUGGUAAUGGGACAUUAUCUUUCAACGAUUGUGAGAAAGAAGAGUCUAAAAUUGCAAUUCCACGACAACUUCUACUACAACCAACAAGAGAUGCAAUAGAAGAUAUAAUUGCAUCAACAUAUCCAGAUAUUCAACGGAAUUGCUAUAAUCAAAGUUAUUUGGAAGAAAGAGCAAUACUAACUCCAAGAAAUGAGAUAGUUGACAUCAUAAACAAUUGUGUACUGGAUAAAAUAGAAGGAGAAUUCACAACAUACCUCAGUUCAGAUUCUAUUUGCCAAACAUCUCCAAAUCUGCAAUUAAAUCAAUCACUAUAUCCGACGGAGUUUCUUAAUUCUUUGACAUUUCCUUCCAUGCCAAAUCAUGAGAUAAAACUGAAAGUAGGAACUCCAAUCAUGCUCCUGCAUAAUCUAAGACCUACUGAAGGACUCUGUAAUGGCACAAGAUUAGUUGUUACUCAGUUAUUAAAAUGGGUCAUCGAGGCUAGAAUCAUCAGUGGUAGCCACAUAGGUUCAAAGCAUUUUCUUUCAAGAGCUGUCAAUACAAACACUAAUUCUCAGUGGAAUUUUCAUAUGAAACGAAGACAGUUACCAAUUAAAACAUGUUUUGCUAUGACUAUUAACAAAAGUCAGGGACAGACAUUGAAUUAUGUGGGUUUGUACCUUCCAAGACCAUGUUUUACGCAUGGACAGUUAUAUGUCGCAGUGUCAAGAGUGACGACCCCUCAAGGUCUUAAAAUUCUUAUUGUUGAUAAUGACGAUAAUGUGGCUUAUGAUGGAGUUACAGUGAAUGUAGUUUAUCAUGAAAUUUUCAACAACUUGAAUUAA